CUGGCUGUUUUAGAGCUAUUUCCACCGGGGAGGAGGAUACCGGGAUGCCGCCGGGGAGGUGUUUUGGUCCCGUAAGGAGAGAAAGAGGAGAGCGGAGGGUGUAUUAGUGGAGGUUCGGCGCCAAAGAGGCCGCCCGUCGGUGUAGUCGUGGCCGAGUGGUUAAGGCGAUGGACUAGAAAUCCAUUGGGGUCUCCCCGCGCAGGUUCGAAUCCUGCCGACUACGGCCAAGGUUAUUCUUUUUCUUUCCUGGCCCGGACAUUUUCCUCACACACACACACCCACCCGGGUUCUUCCCAGCCACCGUUUUGCACCGCAGCCGCCCGCCGGCAAACAUCCGGCAGGGCGGCCGCUGCCAGCCCGAGGGAAGGCAGGGAGAGAGGCGGGACCCCGUGACGGCCGGACGCGGCCUCUCCGCCCGGGCCGGCGCCGAUCCAGGGAGCAGCGAUGCCGCUUCCCUCCGCCAUGCAGCACAGCCCGGCGCCCGCCGUGCUGGUCACCACCAGGCAAAUUCAGAACACGCACACGGGGCUGGAUUUGUCUGUGCCGGAAUACCAGGAGAUCCGUGGGAAGAUGAUGUCUGGCCACGUGGAGUAUCACAUUGUCGUUGUUACCCGACUGGCUGCCUUCAAAUCAGCGAAGCACAAGCCUGACGAUGUCGUUCAAUUUAUGGUUUCCAAGAAGUACAGCGAGAUAGAGGAGCUCUACCAGAGGCUGUCGGCACGAUAUCCACAAGUUUCUCUUCCACUCUUGCCUAGAAAAGUUCUCUUCGUGGGGGAAUCUGACAUCUGUGAACGAAGAGCUAUGUUCAAUGACAUCAUGAAAUUCAUCUCAAAAGAUGAGGAUCUAGCAACGAGUCCUGAGUUACUGGAAUUUUUAGGAACAAAAUCUACUAGUGGCGUUGACUUCAAGGGUAAAAACAUUCCUGAUGACACAGAGAAAGAUGAAGAAAAUGAAAUGUUGGAUUUUUUCAAAGAAGAGAAGACACCUGACUUAAUCUCACAGCUUUCAUCAGGGGAAAAUGCCAAAAAAGGGGAGAAAAAAGAAGAGGAAGAGGAGGAAGAAGAGGAAGAAAUUUUAGACCCUCUUGGUAUAAUCAGAACUAAAAAAACAAAGAAGGUAUCUGCUCCUCCGACCAAGGAAGAGAAGCCCAAAUUAACCAUUUUUGAAGAGGAAAUAGAUCCAGAUGAAGGACUCUUUGGCCCAGAAAAAAAUGUCUCAUUAAUUGGUCACAGGAAGAAGAUGAAAGAGAAUCUGAAGUUAUUUGAAGAUCCAGACCUUGGUGGGGUGGUAAGACUGGGUGACUCACUGCUGCUGCCAACUGCCUGCCAGAACAGGGAGUAUGUGCUGAACACGGGUCCUGAGGAGGACACCGAGGAACUGCUCAGAGUUGAAGAUGAUUUAGAGAAACUCUUGAAAGUAACGUCCAAACCAAAACCUAAGGUUCCAUCAAAGCCGCCAUUGCCUCGGAAGCCAGCAGUUGCCCCCAGGAGCACUAAUUCAUCCCCACUGGCAAAGCCGAAGGAAAACAGGAUUCAGACAAUGAAUGAAGUGGACAUUCUCCAGUACAUCCAGGAAAAUGAAUCUGUCAACAGCCAAGAUACAAGUCUUUUUUGAACAUGCUUAUUUUUGAAAUGUAAUGAUGCCUUCUUGGCCUAAACUCCCAGGGAGCUCGAGUGGCGGUAGCAAGAAUUGCUGUCACAGUGCUCAUUUGUGUACCAUCACAUGGAGAGCUGCCUUAGGUUUUCAGGGUUUUAUAGGGAACGUGGACAAGGACAUAGCACUACAGAUUGUCUACUACUAUUUUAGUAUCAACAUGGUAAAGUUUCAGCUGGUUUAGUCCUGACUGAAAACGUUCAGCGUGCUGCACGCAUGGCAACGGUGAAUAGUGUCCAACAAGUGGUCUGAGGCAGGACAGGAUGCUGUUCCUGUCAUUUUAGGCAGCGUAUUUCAGCUCACUGGAAAGGUCAUUUUCCUUCUAUCCUGUGCAUUUUUGUAGCAGCCCUUUGUUCCCUGACUGGUAUUUCAGUAAUUUAUAACCAGGAACUGUUAGGUAUAGGUAACAGUUCCUCUGUAGCUCAGAGAAACACUGAAAUCCCAGCUAAGCCUGACAACCUGCUGCCUUUGCUCUUGCGCAAAUGCCAACUUGCAAGAGAGCUUGUAGGACUGCAAACACUCAACACUGUGCAUCUCUGGCCCCUGGGGAGAAGAGCAAAUGACUGACUCUGGCUGAGAGAGCAGCUCCAGACAUCUGUGGAGGUUGCAGUGUGUAUGAGGUUUGGAUGCUGUAGGACUCUAAUGAACCUACUCAGGAUUCACAAGGGCUAAUGUUUUUUUCCAGCCAAGUCUUCUUGGGCCUCCGCUGUUGUCAGUGGAGAGAGAGAGAUUUCUCCAGGAGGUAAUUCACUGCAGGUGUCCUAAUGGAGGAACUCUGAGUUGCUUUCUGAAGUCACUCUCUCCUUCCCUUCUCCCAGAACUUAAAGCAGCAGCCAUGGUGAUUAAUUCCACUAAGCUAAAAUGAGGUUUUUGAUACAAUAGCAAUCUCUUCAUUACUAUGGUAAUGGUUAAAACAAGAGAGGACAAACUUGGGAUUAUGCAGAGGAAAAAAUAGGAAGAAAAUAUACAGAAGAAAUUUUAAGAUGCAGGAACAGGCAUCCUAGACUACCCCUCUCUUCCCUGGCUCAGGGGCUCUGGUUGAACAUGCUGAAUUUCUAUCUAAUGUGGGUUGAUAACCUGCUGUCACAUAGAAAGAGAUUUCUGAACGCAUUCCAUGGGUGUUCUAUCCAGAUGGGAAGACAAGCUCCCCAGAGGGAAAAUAUUAAUAUAUUUAAGCCAUAUCACUAACCCAAAAUUUGCCUUUCUAAUAUAGAACAAAAUAAAUAGAAAACCUUACAUAUAUCUAUAUUUUUAAUAGUGAAAUUAUCUCUAUUAGUAUUAACUUUUUAAGCCAAUGCAAAGUAUUAUGGCAGAGGGGUUGGACUAGGUGACAUUUGAGAGUCCCUUCCAACCCAAACCAUUCUAUGAUUCUGUGAUUCUAUGAUUCUAUGAUAAAGAUAUUUUUGGUUUUAUGGGACAGAUAAAAUGUAACCAUUGGCUCUUGUAUAUGUACAGUAUGUUUCAGUAUAAUAAAAUAUUUUGCUAACCUG